AAUAAAGGGUCCCCCAUUGGUUCCACUUGAGGACUCAUUUCUCCUGAUCCCGUUGAAGCAGUUUUGGGUGUUCGGGGAGAGGAAUCCUCACAGCUUCCGAUCCGGAAUUCCCUCAGACGGCUGCUGCUGCUGCUGCUGCAGCGUGAAAUCUGUGCCAGAUUCCCAACGCCCUCCGACCCCCCCACUGAGAGGAGGAGGAGGAAGUAUCAGAGUCUGAGGAGGAACAACUGUAAACACGGCCUGCAGAUACUCCUUCACCGGUACCGGGAUGUAGGUUUUCCCCGGUUCUGCUCUCGGUGAUCUAACGGAGGAUUUGGACUUCUGACUUUUUAAACAUGACUUUCGCCAUGCUGCGGCCCAUGGCCUCACACUUACUUUACUCUGACAUCAUCACCUCUGAGGAGGAUGAGGAGAACCAGAGCGACGGCGGCUCGGAGCAGAGCUACAGCGGGAAAAGGAGCAGGAUUUCCCGCAGACUGAGCGCCGAGAUGCCGGUGGUUGUUCAGCAGAGGAGCGCGGCGAACGCCCGGGAGAGAGGCCGGACGCAGAGUGUCAACUCCGCCUUCACGGCCCUGCGGACCCUCAUCCCCACUGAGCCCGUGGACAGGAAGCUCUCCAAGAUCGAGACUCUGCGCCUGGCCUCCAGCUACAUCUCACACCUCGCCAACGUGCUGCUCCUGGGGGACGGAGGCGCGGAUGGCCAGCCGUGCCUCGGUAUUGCGCAAAGAGAGAGCGGAGCGCCGCAGCCGCGCAGCAUCUGCACCUUUUGCCUGAGUAACCAGAGGAAGGGGAUAAAGGACGGCAGGGACUGUUUAAAGAUGAGAGGUCUCGCUCCGCUGAGAGUGAGACGCUGACAGAAGAAUGAUUUAAAAACCUGAACAUCCUCAAAGACUUUCUCAGGGAAGAGUCACACACACACACACACACACACACACACACACACACACACACACACACACACACACACACACACACACACACACACACACACACACACACACACACACACACACACACACCAUGCUGGAUCCCACGAUGAAGAAGAGACUAUUUAUACUUGAU